CCCUGGACCCCCAGUUGGCCAAGAUGGUGAUCGCCAGCUGUGAAUACAACUGCUCCAACGAGAUCCUCUCCAUCACCGCCAUGUUGUCAGUGCUUCGUCCGACCCACGGAGGCUAGAAAGAUGGCCGACGAGUCCAAGAUGCGCUUCGCCCACAUCGACGGAGACCACAUGACGCAGCUCAACGUGUACCACGCCUUCAAACAGAACAGCGACUCCAACCAGUGGUGCUACGAGAACUUCGUGAACUACCGCUCGCUGAUGUCGGCGGACAACGUGCGGCAGCAGCUAGCGCGGAUCAUGGACCGCUUCAGCCUGCCGCGGCGCAGCACCGAGUUCACCCACAGAGACUACUACACCAACAUCCGCCGCGCACUCAUCACCGGCUUCUUCAUGCAGGUGGCUCACCUGGAGCGCACCGGACACUACCUGACGGUGAAGGACAACCAGGUGGUGCAGCUGCACCCGUCCACCGUGCUGGACCACAAGCCGGAGUGGGUGCUCUACAACGAGUUCGUGCUCACCUCCAAGAACUACAUCCGCACGUGCACCGACGUCAAACCAGAGUGGCUGGUGAAAAUCGCCCCGCAGUACUAUGAGAUGAGUAACUUCCCCCAGUGUGAAGCUAAGAGACAGUUGGAGCGUCUCAUUGCCAAAGCCUCAUCCAAGGAGUACACUCAGUACUGAGGAGCUGCAUGAGCUGCCCAGCAUCCUCAGCAUCUGGACAUCAAACAUGAACUUUUCUUUCAUCAACAACUGAUUCUCUAUUUUUGGUCUCACUUAUUCGUGUUCAUGAUGAUUGAUGAACUAUGUGCUUUGAAGGCCACCUUGUGUCAGUAUUUCUGCAGGUUUGGCACUACCAGAAAUGGACUGUAUGUAAUCAGGAUUUUAGUCAUCAACCAUUUCGGUUUAAAGCAUGUACAUUCCUCCAUACUAAGUCACAGCUUCUAGGCUUGCUGGGAAGCUUUUGAAAAUAUAAUUUAUACUGUAAUUUUUAAUGUGGGCAUAAUGUAUUGUUUUUCUUGUCAUGGAAAUACUAAGAGAGGCACUCUGCUCACAUUCUCUGCUGCUGUUCAACUUAAUAAAAAUUACUUU